UCGUGACCUAUGCUCGUUUCCUCCGAUUAGAUCAAGCAGGAUAUAGGGUGGGGCGGUGGGCGCCCAGGUGACAAUGGGCGCCUUAGUCCAUCUCGCCCAGCUGACAGUCCCAAGACGACCUCCUCUGACGGAGAAGAGCUGAUCAACAAGAUCGAGGGGCGCAAUAAAUAGCAGAAGCUUCGGGCUCACUCACUCCAGCCUGCGAGAAGAGCAGAAAAAGAGACAGACGCACGCAGCCUUAAAAGCUCACUCCAAACCCCAAUGCAACCCUUCUGAAUCUCUCCCGCCCCUUCCUCCAUCCAAGCGCUGAGCAACCGCUUCACCUGUCCUUAGACGCGCGCUCGCCACCUCCCACCGGUGGCAAACCCCGAGCAAGCCCCAAACCCACGGGUCCUGUCGCUGCCUCCGCUAUUCUUCCCGCUCUCGCUCCCUGUCCCUGCCGCGCAUCCGUCCGCCACCGCCGGGCCAUGGAACCACUCCAGCUGAACCUGCAGGGCUACCAAAACGGGGACUUGCAUCCCAGCUGCCUCUUCGAUGUCCCGAGCGGUGGCCAGACGCAGAGAACGUCUCUGAAGUUCCAGCGUCUGGCGCUGGACAAGAAGAACCGCCGCGCUCUGGAAGAAGAAGAAGAACUGGAGCGACUCCCGGUUCUGGAGACCGCCUACGCCACCAUCCUGCAGGGUUUGGGCGAGAACCCGGGGAGGCAAGGGCUGUUGCUGACGCCUCGGAGGGCGGCCAAAGCCAUGCAGUUCCUCACCAAGGGUUACUAUGAAACCGUCCAAGAGAUACUCAAUGAUGCUGUUUUUGAUGAAGACCAUGAUGAGAUGGUUAUCGUAAAGGACAUUGAUAUGUUUUCUCUUUGUGAACAUCACAUGGUUCCUUUUUUUGGCAAGGUACACAUUGGAUAUUUACCAAGGAAAAAAGUAGUUGGAUUAAGUAAACUUGCAAGAAUUGUUGAAAUGUUUAGCAGAAGGCUCCAAGUCCAGGAGCGACUUACGAAACAGAUUGCUUUAGCAAUUACUGAGGUUCUGAAACCUGUUGGAGUGGCUGUGGUGAUAGAAGCCUCACACAUGUGCAUGAUCAUGAGGGGGGUUCAGAAAAUGAACAGCACAACAGUCACUAGCACUAUGCUAGGCAUCCUCCAGGAAGAUUCAAAAGCAAGGGAGGAGUUUCUUGCCUUGAUCAAGAAUUAAACAGCAGUAGCAGCUUGCGGAUAUAUCAAUGGUUUGGAGCAUACACAAUUGAUGAUUAUAAUUCUCUUAUGCGAGCCAUUGUUUUAGAAGCUGGGUAAUUAAAAAAAAAGAGAGAAUACAGAAUUCAUACUUGUAUCACAGCUUUGUUCCCAUUUUUGCAUAACACCCUUAAUAGCCUUCUGCAAUUGGCUCCCUUGGGAAUGGCAGUCCUAGCACUUCUGAGGUGUGUAAGUUUGAGGAAAGACACUCAAGAAUUGUGUUGAAAUAUUACCCAAGCAAGCAGUGCAGAUACCAAUAAAUUGGUUUCGUUCAUAUGGCAGCAUAUAUAAUGUGAUCGCAGAGAUCUCCUUGCAUCUUUUGAUAUACAGUAUGCAAAUGAGAAUAAAGUACAAGACCUAUCCCGCUUCCCAAAUGAAAACUAUAUAAGAUCGGCUUUAUCAGUCUGAAGCCAAUCAGAGAUACUAGACUUUAAAUCCCAUAUUGUUUUAGGAUUAAGAGAGUUAGUCCAAGCAUCUGGAAGAUACUAGGUAAAGGAAGGCUGGUUUUGGUACUCUCAGUUUGAAAAUUUGGAUGGUGAGGUUAGGGGAGACCUAUGGUUCCAGUGAUGUCAUUCUCCCCAUGGGGAGAAAAAUAAAUGAUUGCAAAAUAGUAAAACUAAAAAACAUAAAUCUCAUGCAGGGCAUUUCCCUGUUGUUAUAAUUCCUUAAUUUUCACAGAGCUACCUCUAGCUUGCAAUUAUUGCUACUCCCUUUUUUAGAGAAAACCACAAGAAUGUUGGUGUCCUAACAAGUUCCACUUUCUAAGGGAUCAAGGACAAGAUGUUUAUUCUUGGCAGUUAUAAUCUAGAAAGAGGUAUGGUAUACUAAAGGCAAAUUAUUUUAAAGCCAUCUAGUUAAAAAAGAAAAUUAUUAUUUAGCAUUUCGUGCAAAGAAUGAAACUGAUUAGGCAGGACCCAGUAUUUCCCUGACUAAACAGAACCAUAUGUUAAUAUGGUGCCUUCCAAAACUAUUAAAACAAAACAAAAGCAGCCAAAUACCUAUUAAAAUGGGAGGGAAAAGCCUAGAACCUAAAAUCUAAAAUACUGAUUUAUUUCAUGUGUGCUGCACAAUAUGUGGUUUGAUUUUUUUGAAUUAAUUAUGAUUAUGCCAAGUCUCAAAAAAAAGGGGGCUGAGUAUUUAGAUUGCUGAGACAUCUAUGCUAGGUAAAACGUUAUCUAUAUUAGAUGAUCAGUCCAUUUCCUCAAUAUGAUAGAGCUGAUUAAAAAAGGCCUUUGAUUUAAGACCUUGAUAUAAUGACUCCAAAUAUGAAAAAGAGAGUGGGACAAAAACAUUUUUGUUGUACGUAAAUCAUCCCAAAUGCAACAUGUUCAGUGUAAACAUCAGAUAUUAGGUUAGAAGCAUUUUCUCUGUUCGAGACUGGAAAGGUGUUAUAGUAGUAUUUGCCUAGCUGGAUAAUAAUCUGCCUUGAGUAAGGCAACUUCCUAGAUACCAGCCUUCCUUAUCUUGGUGACUUCAGGGAUGAAAUGCUACUGAUUUGGGCCGGUUCUCCUGAACUGGUAGUAAAAAUGCUACUGGUACACUGAACUGGUAGUAAAAAAAUGUAAAAAAAAAGUUCUGAUGAUCAGCUGAGUGACACGAUUGUCGGAGCUUUUUUUUUUAAGCAUUUUUUUACUAUUGGUUCUCUGGAACCGGUAGUUAAAAAUAUUUUAAAAAGUAAAAAAAUAAAUAAAUUCUGAUGAUCAUGCAUCGCUCAGCUGAUUGCUGGAACUUUUUUUAAAAAAACUUUUUAGGCAUUUUUUUACUACUGGUUUGGAUGAAUAGGUAGUAAAAAAUGCUUUAAAAAAGUAAAAAAAUGCUCCGAUGAUCACAGCUGUGCUGUGCGAUCGUCGGAGUCUUUUUUUUAACUUUUUUAAAGCCUUUUUUACUACCUAUUUGUCUGAACCGAUAGUAAAAAAUGCUUUUAAAAAGUUUUUAAAAAGGUCCCCACAAUCGUGCAGCACAGCUGAUCACCCCCUCCCCCGCACUGUUCUACUUACCUUUCCAAGCCUCCUUUUGGUGCGCAUUGUAAGUGCACGCAGCUCACAUUUGGUGCUCACUGGACAUGCGCGGCCAGCAAACCAGUAGUAAACCAGUUCAGAUUUCACCACUGUACUGAUUUCAUCUACUAUCAGCCUCAUUGGUUAAUACUGAUGGGUGUUAGGGUCCAAGUUGUUAUAUAUGUUCUUCCAAUACUAAGCUGUUUCUAUACUGAUGGACAAGGCAGAACUUCGUUCCAAUUCAAGGCAGCUGCAUUACACUGUGAUUUCUUUUCUUCAGAGUUCCACAUAUUUUGACCAACCUCUGCAAUUAGCUAUUAUUUAUAGUCUCCUCUGCAUGAAGAUUUUAAGGGUAGGCUUGUUCUGGAACUUCAGACCAUGCGUUGGUUCUAGGUUUAAUGUUCCAGUUUAGAGGCCUGGCUUGUGGAAAAGGGGUGUAUGGGAAUCUAAAUAAAUGUAUAAUUUGUCAAAUGAGAGAUUGGUCAUUUAUAGUGGCAUACAUAUUUCCCUUAUUGAUGUCAAAAGAAUACAUCUGCCUUUCAUGAAGGUUUUUUUUUUAAAUUAGCAUCUUAAACUACUGAUUUAGGAUUAAGAAACCUUGGGAAUUACAGGAGGAGAAGGAUGUUAAGAAUUGUAGAAAGAAUGAAUGACUUCAGCACAUUUAAAAAAUUCUUUUGAAUCUACCAAGAUAUAUUUUGAGUUACACUGCAUUGUCAGUUCAAACCUAGGUCACUCUAAGUCACCCAUACAUUCAACCAAGUGAAAUUCAACUUUUAAAAUGUUGUAGAGCUACAGUGUUUAUGUUAGGAAUGUAAGAAUCAGAUUGAAUCAGAUUUAAAAAAUUGUCUUGGCUAACUUUUCUUUCCCUUAGUAGCCAUCCAAAUACCCUGUUUUCUCCAAAAUAAGACAUCCCCUGAUAAUAAGCCCAAUCGGGCUUUUGAGUGCAUGGGAAUAAGGCCAAGCGCUUAUUUCAGGGUUCAAAAAAAUAUAAGACAGGGUCUUAUUUUCGGGGAAACACGGUAUAUCUGUAGAGGCCAUCAGCGGAACAUGAAUGCAAUAGCAUCCUCUCACGUUAUUGAACAAGUGUUGGGAAGGAUGUUCCUUCAUGGUUGAAACUAAGAUAUCUGCUAUGCUGCUGUGCUCAGCCAGAAUGACUAAUGGUUAGCAGUCCUGGGCAUUUUUAAUCUAGGGGAUAAAUUUGGGAAGCAGAUUGUGCUAGUUAUUAUAGUCUUAUGCUGAGAACAGGCGGAAGGAAACUUGUCAUAGUGUAUAUCUUAGAAGACACAGAGGUGCUCUAAGACGUAUUGGAGAGUGCUGAAUAUCGAUUUUUGGUUUGAAAAGUUUUCAACUGCAGUUACUUUUUGCAUAAUGGCAUUUAAAAAAGUAACAGUAGGAACAAAAAAUAGUAAGGAUUUUUGCUACCCCCAUUUUGACCUUUGGAUCUUUGUAGCUAUAAAGUACUGUAAACAUUACUGUAUUAUCCUCAGAAAAACUGUUACAACUUGAGAUGUGCCUUAUAGACUCCAAUAACUUGAAGAUGCAAAAAAAUAUUGAUAUUUCUUAAAUGCAAAACUGUGUUGUCUGUAGGAAGUGGAGGGCUCUCAAUAUAUAAUUAUAUUUUUACAAUUUACUCACUCGAGGGAAAAAGGGCUACUUGAGUGUCUGCCUGCAUAGCCACAUACCGGGAACUGCAUAUGUUAGCAGCAGAAAACUUGUCCUAUUCAUAAAUGUGAGGCCCUCUCUUUUUUCUGUUAGCUACCAAGUUCUUUAAAAUAAUUUUAUUAAUAUGAUUGCGUCAAAGCAGAGCUAUAAUGCACAUAACUAGUUUAUUUAGAUCAUCAUAUUCUGCAUGUAUAAAAUGUUUGUAAUACAAAACUUAUUUUACAUUUCUGCUUGAUUUGUCAUCUUUAAAAGUAUAGUUUAUUAAGCAGUGCCAUUGUAUUCAAAUGAUAAAAAAAAUCUCGUCACAUA